UCUCUUCCGUCUCUGUAUGGAUUUCCCUCGGGAAUCUGUCUCGUGGGAGGGGCAGAACCUGGUGGAAUUCGAUUACUGAGAGAGAAUUAGAGAACACAAAGGGCAGAAGUCAUUCUUAAUUUUGGAUGUAGUUCCAUUCCAAUUGUUGUGGAAAUCGUCACAUUUUCUUGGCUCAGAUGGAGGAGACAUUCUUCGAUAUUGUGGAGUUUCUCAAGAAGCCCUCAAUUGCCGAAACAUUCGUCGACAUUUUGCUUUGUGCAGUUCCGAUCUGGCUCGCUGUUAUGAUCGGCCUCGUCAUCGGCUGGUCCUGGCGCCCUCGCUGGACUGGAUUGGUUUUUCUGGGCUUUCGGAGCAAGUUUAGAUUAAUGUGGACUGCUCCUCCCGGAUUUGGAGCUCGGCGGCUUUGGUUGGCCUUCACGGCUCUAUCUGUCUUCUCAGUCUGCCGUACUCUUUGGUCUGAUUUUAAGGGGAAGAGGAAAGUACCGCCGGUGCAGUCGGUCCCGGUUUCUACGGCGGCAUCCACGUUGAAGCACUCGGCAGAAGGGAGCGGCGAUGCAAUUGUAAAUAAAGAGGGAAAAGAGCAGGAUAUUGUUACAGAGAAUGAUUUGGAUCACCUAUUGCAACUUCUUGAAGGAAGGAAUGGAGAGGCAGAGUGGCAAACUAUGAUGCAAAGGUCGACCCCAAACUUCGCAUAUGAAGCUUGGCGCCUUGAGCCUGAGAACCGACCAACUGUUUAUCGUAGUAGAACUGUCUUUGAGGAUGCAACCCCGGAGAUGGUUAGAGACUUUUUCUGGGACGAUGAAUUUCGUACUAAAUGGGAUCCCAUGCUUGCAUAUUUCAAGAUAUUGGAUGAAUGCCCUCAUACAGGGACCAUGAUUGUUCACUGGAUUAAGAAGUUCCCCUUUUUCUGCAGCGAUAGAGAAUACGUUAUGGGUCGAAGAAUAUGGGAGACUGCAAAGACUUACUAUUGUGUUACAAAGGACGUACAACAUCCAAGCUUACCCCGACUUGACAAACCCAGGCGUGUGGAUCCUUAUUUUUCAAGUUGGAUCAUCAGGGCAGUGGAAUCUCGUAAAGGAGAUGGAUUACGGUCUGCUUGUGAGGUUAUCCUAGUGCAUUAUGAAGAUAUGGGAAUCCCCAAGGAUGUGGCUAAGUUGGGAGUCCGUCAUGGAAUGUGGGGAACUGUCAAGAAGUUGCACUCUGGUUUCAGAGCAUACCAGAACGCUAGGAAAUCAGAUAUUUCUGUUUCUAGAAGUGCACUGAUGGCUAGGAUCACCACAAAGACUUCUUUGGACAGAAACACGGAUUCCUCGGAGCCAGAAUCUGAUGAAGUACGAACUCAAGUGAUGAGGAAAAAGCAUCAAAAUGAUUCUGGCAUAGAUUGGAAGUGGAUAAUCAUUGGUGGGACAGUGGCUGUAGUCUGUGGAUUUCGAACUGGUGCAAUUGGGAAGGCCUUGUUACUUGGGGCAGGACAGAGAAUAGCUCGAAGGUGAGAAUUAUCUAAAUUAGGCGCAGGCGCUGUAUUACUACACAUUUUGAAGCUCGAGAAGUUUCUUAUAUUAGGCCGACACAUCCACCAUUAUUGAAAUGAACACAAGACCAUUUUUUCUGAGAGUGGCCCUGAUAGAGUGAUUCUGUCCCAUGUUCAACUGCCAUAUAUCUGACCUCCUAGCUUUGUGUCUCUUUUGCUUAAAUGACUUAUUAUGUGCAUUUAUAAUGGAACUCGGUUGAGACUUGAAUCAAUCUUUACAGUUAAUCAGUAGGGGUGAGAACAACAUUGGACCAAAAACCGACUCGUCCAACCAAUGACCGAGACCCACCUGAUUUAGGAUUGUGGAUUUGUAAACUAAUGGGAGGAUUUCGUUGAUGUGUUAAUAUUAUACAGAAUAAAGUUUGUUGAACACCCCGUUCAUUUGUUCA